UUCCCGGUGACUUCAGAUCCAAGGAGGUGGUGAUAUUCAUGGGAGCACGAUUCAAACUCUCUCACUUGGAGUAGGAGUACAGCUUCAGCAGCCCUUGAGCCAGCGCGCUGCUCUCUUUGCGCCUCUUUUCUUGUUUGACAUAAUCUAAAGCAGAUGGAUUAAUGUUUGCUUAAAAUAAAAAUAAAAAAAAAUCAGCGCUGGAAGGAGAAAAGCUCAGUUUCUCACUUUGGACUGAAGUUAGGUGCUGAUUUGACAACCUGAAGACAUUUUCCGCAAAGUCUUACCUGGGCAUUAUGAAGAGGUAUCCAGGCUUUUUUCAUUCUUGGGAGAGGAUGCAGUCUUACUGAACUGGUGUAGCCUAAUCGCGGAUUUCUUGUUUUUUUUUUUUCGCUCAUAUUUUAGUGUCUCGAUAAAACUAACGCGAUCUGGCCUUUUACGCGGUAGUUUCAAAACUUUGCAUGCCCAAAAUGGACCGUGCAGGAUUUGCUGUUUUAAUGGUUUUGGCUGUUGCACUGGUGCGAAUUGGUGACAGUCAAAAGGACACAACAGGUGGGAGGAAAGAAGGUGCAGGGGCAGGCAGGGCGGUCUGGGAUCAGGAGAAGUCCCGGGUGAGGAGUCAAAGUCACUCGCCAAGAGGACCAGAGGACGGUGCAUCCCCCAGACCAUCCGGUGAAACUUCUCCUGGGACCCGCCACUCAAGGACUUUGGUCCGCCUGCCCAGGGGCACAUCAACCCAAGGGGAUGGCAGGCACAUAUCCACAGCAGGACCGCUUCAUGCUGCAGGCGGCUCCCGGGAAGACCUCCUCUCUGCGCCGAGGGAUGGUGCGCUGCGGGGCGCCAGACACCCGGCCAACCAGCACAGAACCAAAGUGAACCGCAGGCAGAGCAGCAAGCCCAGCACCAGGAGACUUGUUGGGCCUAAUGUCUGUGGAGGUCAGCAGUGCUGCUCAGGCUGGGCUUUGGCACCAGGAACCAAUCGCUGCAUAAAACCUGACUGCCAGCCCCCCUGCCAGAACCGUGGCUCCUGCAGCCGGCCACAUACCUGUGUGUGUCGCUCAGGCUUCCAGGGGCCCCGCUGUGAGGAGGUGGCUCCAGAGCAGGUGUACAUCCGCGACAGAGGUGCCCUGAGGCGCAUUCAACCCGGGACCAACCCUUUUCAGAAAGACCAACCACAGAGAAAGCCCUCAGAAAGGCAGGCCAUCGAUACAAUCAAGGCCCAGACCCCACGACCUUUGACCACCAGACAGCCUGUCCACACUGUGACCCAAGUGAGACGGGGACCCCCUGACUCCUCCCCUCAGCAGACUGGGACCUCCCGCACUGUAAAACGUUAUCCAUCAUCCUCUGGGCCUAUAACCUCCAACGCUUUACCCAGUGGCAACGGUUAUACUAACGGCCACGGCAAUGAGAACAGGAACUGGCAUGGACACAGGAAUGGGCAUAGCAACGUGCACUCCUUUAACACUCACAGGCCUACCAGUGACAGCCAGCUACACAGACAGUUCAACAAUGCAUUAUUACCAGCAGGGGCCAACCUCACCUCCAGCCUGGACCGCAUCAAGAUCGUCUUCACGCCCAUGCUGUGCCGUAGGGUGUGCAGUGGCGGGCACUGCUACAACAGUUGUGAGAAGGGAGACAUCACCACAGUCUACAGCGAGACCUCGCACCAGCAGCAGCAGCAGCCAAAGAACCAGGGCUUCCGACUCUUUUUCUGUCAGAUACCCUGUCUUAAUGGAGGCCGAUGCAUCGGCAGGGACCUCUGCUGGUGUCCGUCAAACUCAACAGGGAAGUUUUGCCACCUGCCAGUCCCGCCUCCUGCCAGACCCACCCCUCACAGCCACAAGGAUGCCAGCCUCCAGAGACCAAAAUCUCCCUCCCACUCCAUGUACACUCUUCCACUGUCCAAUCAGCAAGUGUCUCUCCACCCAUCCUUGGUGAAUGUCCACAUUCAGCACCCUCCAGAGGCUGAAGUCCACAUCCACCAAGUAGCUCGGGUCCAGCCUGGGCAGAGACCGGCCACCACAGAGGGGGCUCACUCUGUCCAGCAGCGUUCCCAGCCUGGGAAUGGACAUGAACCCACCAAUGAGCAUAGCAGCAGGCACCCACACACCAGUGGGAAUGGCCAUGGCCAUGCCAGACCGCACAACCGUCAGAACGGACAUGUGGGAAGAUGCUUUCAGGAAACAGUCGAUGGACAGUGUGGAAAGCCUCUGCCAGGCCUAACCAAACAGGAUGAUUGCUGUGGAAGUGUGGGCGCCUCCUGGGGUCUAAACAAGUGCCAAAAGUGUCCAACCAAACCAGCAUAUGCAGUGAUUGCAAAUGGACAAGUGGAAUGUUCCAAAGGUUUUAAAAGGAUGAAUCUCACACACUGUCAAGACAUCAAUGAGUGCCUGUUGCCUGGGAUCUGUAAGAAUGCUGAAUGUCUCAACGCCAAAGGAAGCUACAGGUGCACAUGUAAACCAGGCUUCAUGUUAGACGCUGCCAGGAGCCACUGUGUCUCGGACAAGGCUGUAUCCGACCAGAGGGCAUUCUGCUAUCGAUCGGUGUCAGCAGGCACAUGCUCCCUGCCUCUUGCUCAACACAUCACCAAGCAGAUCUGCUGCUGCAGCCGAGUGGGCAAGGCCUGGGGCCCUGGGUGUGAUCGCUGUCCCUUGCCGGGAUCAGACCAUUUCAAGGAGAUCUGCCCAGCUGGUCACGGAUAUACCUACUCGCGCUCUGAUGUGCAGAUUUCUCUCAGACAGCUGGGGGAAGAUGAUCUGCAGAGCACAGGAGUGUCAUGGGAGGAGCAGAGCCCCACUUACCCUCAGCCUCCAUCCUCCCAGCCCUCACUGCCACUGCCACAACACCCCAGCUACCCACAGACACCACAAGUACCCCAAUACCCUGAGUACCCUGAGACACCACAAGCACCCCAAUACCCUGAGUACCCUGAGACACCACAAGCACCCCAAUACCCUGAGUACCCUGAGACGCCACAAGCAUCCCAAUACCCUGAGUACCCUGAGACGCCACAAGCACCCCAAUACCCUGAGUACCCUGAGACGCCACAAGCACCCCAAUACCCUGAGUACCCUGAGACGCCACAAGCACCCCAAUACCCUGAGUACCCUGAGACGCCACAAGCACCCUGGUACCCUCUGACUCCACAGCAGCCUUUCCAUCCCUCUCACCCAGCCAGAGAGACACCAAAACAGCUGGAAGAUGUGGAAAUUCUGAGCCCGCCAGCUGUUGUGACUGACUCACCACUGACAUAUCCAGAGACUUCUCCAGACUCCUACAUCAUCAGCCUGAGGCCAGAUUCAAAGGACACAACCCACACAGACUCAGUCACAGGUAUUGACAAGUGUGCCACCACCCCCGCCAUAUGUGGCCAUGGGAAAUGUAUUCCUGUGCAGACUGGCUACACCUGCCACUGUGAGCCAGGAUUCAAGCUCAGUGCACUGCAGACCAACUGCAUUGAUGUGAAUGAGUGUGACGAGGACCCAUGUGAAGGGAAGGCCCACUGUAUAAACAACUAUGGCUCCUACACCUGUCAAUGCCACAGCGGCUACAGCCAGGUGAUCACCCAGAACAGGAAGUUCUGUCAAGACAUUAAUGAGUGCAGCAUGCCCAACAAGUGCCAGAAUGGCAAAUGCCUCAACACAGAAGGAUCUUACACCUGUGAAUGCAACAGUGGCUUCGCCAAGUCAUGGAGAGGCCUAUGCGAAGAUGUAGAUGAGUGCAGAGAUCCCAGCUCCUGUCCCAACGGUGUCUGCGUCAACACUCUCGGCUCCUUCCAGUGCCAGAGUUGCGGCCCAGGGUUCAGGCCUGCCGAUGAGAGAUGUGUGGAUGUAAAUGAGUGCUUGAACCAAACAAUGUGCGGUCCUGGUAGGUGUGUCAACACCGAGGGCUCCUAUAGGUGCAACUGUUUCCAAGGAUACAAACUCUCACUGGACAGCAUUUGCCAAGAUGUAGACGAGUGUGUGCUCCCUGGAGUCUGUCUCCACGGCCGCUGUGUCAAUCUGGACGGCACCCAUAAAUGCACCUGUAACCACGGUUACCAAGUCACCUCAGACAGCAAAGCCUGUGAAGAUGUCAACGAGUGUGCAACUGGUAAUGUGUGCCCCACGGGAAUUUGCAUCAACACUGCAGGUUCCUACAAUUGCCAGAACUGCAGGCCUGGGUUUGGACCAUCUGCUGAUGGACUGAGAUGUGAAGAUGUGGAUGAGUGUGCCCAAGGUGACUUGUGUCUUGGUGGGGUGUGUGCUAACACGGAGGGAUCCUACACCUGUACCAGAUGUAAGGCUGGCUACAGAGUGUCUCAAGACCGGCAGAGGUGUGAAGAUAUUGACGAGUGCCUGUCCCUCUCUACCUGUGCCAACGGGAUCUGUCUAAACACGGAAGGCUCUUACACCUGUGAGAACUGCCCUACAGGGUACAGAGUAUCAUAUGACGGGGAGCUCUGUGAAGAUAUUGAUGAGUGUGCGCUGCCCACUACGUGCCCCCAGGGAACCUGUACAAACACAGAGGGGUCCUUCACAUGUGUCACCUGUCAACCUGGUUUCAGAGUCUCUGAGGAUGGACAGCAGUGUGAUGAUGUGGAUGAGUGCUUGGUGGCUAACACGUGCCUGGGCCAGCUGUGCUUGAACACCCUAGGAUCCUACACCUGCAGGAGCUGUGGAGCCGGCCUGCAACUGUCCGAGGAUGGUUACAGCUGUGAGGAUAUUGAUGAGUGCCAGACCCCAGGUGUGUGCCCCAUGGGUGUUUGCACCAACACAGAAGGCUCCUUCUCCUGUAUGGCAUGUGACCCAGGCUUCACAGUGGCACCCAAUGGGCUCUCAUGUGAAGAUGUAAAUGAAUGUGAGGACAACGGCCUGUGUCUGGGAGGCCAGUGCACCAACAACAUUGGCUCCUAUAGCUGCUCCUGCCCCACUGGUCUGGAGCUGGUGGAUGGGACGUCCUGCAGAGAUAUCAAUGAGUGUUUAACCAUCGUGGGGAUCUGCGGAGAAGGAGACUGUCUGAACACUGAGGGCUCCUACACGUGCAUCUGUCCUGACGGAUAUACCACCAUCGAUGGAAGGACUGGCUGCCAAGAUGUGGAUGAAUGCAGCAAAGACAAUGUGUGCAUCCGGGGCCAGUGUCUCAACACUGAUGGCUCUUUCUUGUGCUUGUGUGAGGCUGGCUUUAAGUUCAAUGCUGACACGGCUGACUGUGAAGACCAGAAUGAGUGCAAGGAGUUUGGAAGCUCAGUGUGUGGUACCUGGCGCUGCGAGAACACCAUCGGGUCCUAUCGGUGCUUCAUGGGCUGCCAGCCUGGUCUAGAGGGAGAAGACACCACAGACUGUGAUAUUGAUGAGUGUGUCAAUGAAACCAUCUGUGGGAACCACGGCUUCUGCGAGAACACAGACGGCUCCUUCCGCUGCCAGUGUGACCAAGGCUACACCAAUCCACCAGGAGAUAUGAGCAAAUGUGUUGAUGUGAACGAGUGCGAGAUGAGCCUGGCGCUGUGCAGGGAGGCCCUGUGUGAGAACUAUGAUGGCAGCUUCCUGUGCAUCUGCCCCAACGACAAUGAGGAAUUUGAUCCCAUCACCAGCCAGUGCCGCUCCCUGGUUGAUAUUGACCCGAAACCCGCUGCUCCAGUCCCUCCGUCCGCUCCCUCAGCCAAGGAGAGGAAAGAGUGUUACUAUAACUUGAAUGACGCCAACUUCUGCGACAACGUCUUGUCUCGCAACACCACCAAGCAGGAGUGCUGCUGCACGGUGGGGGCAGGCUGGGGCGACAACUGCGAAAUCCAUGCCUGUCCUGUCCCAGGAAGAGAUGAUUACAAUCAGUUGUGCCCUCAUGGCAGUGGAUUAUUACCCCUGCCUGUUUCCUCUACACAAAGUCUGGAAGAACAGCGCCCUUACAUAGAUGCAAAUGAGUGUGAGAUGUUUGGAUCAGACAUUUGUAAGAAUGGACAGUGUAAGAAUCUCUUUUCUACCUAUACCUGCUACUGUCGCUCUGGCUUCUACUAUGACAACAUCCGACUUGAGUGUGUGGAUUAUGAUGAGUGUGGAUUUGGUAAUGCCUGUGAGAAUGGAGUGUGUGUGAACACGGCCGGGUCUUUCAACUGUUUCUGCAGUCCUCCAUUAGUCCUGGACAGCACACGACGGCACUGCAUUGGCCUCAACACCACAGAAGAAACUCUAGAGCCUGAUCACAACGUGCACAUGGAUAUUUGCUGGCAGGGUCUGGAGGGGGACAACAUGUGUUCGAGACCCUACCAGGUACACAGAACUACAUACACUGAAUGCUGCUGCCUGUACGGCAUCGCCUGGAGUGGACAGUGUGCCUUCUGUCCCAGGAGAGACUCUGAGGACUACAUAAUAAUGUGCAACCUGCCUCGGAAAGGAGGUUCAGACAGCCUGCGAGAGCGGCCAGGAUAUGAGUAUGGUAAUGAGGGGCCAGAGGAUCCUGUGGAGCCUUUUGUUCCUCCAUACUUUGACAGUUAUGGCAACCCUGCGGGACCCUAUGACAUUCCUGAGAGCGUUCCUCUCUUCAACGACAAUGACUACAGCGUUCAACAGCCGCUUGUCCGUGUUCCCGUACCACGACCACAGGAGCACCAGCCACAACCAGUGGAUUCCUAUGCUGAGCGCUACGAUGGCUUUGAGGGUCUCCGAGCAGAGGAAUGUGGAAUCCUGAACGGGUGUGAAAACGGCCGCUGCGUUCGUGUGCGAGAAGGUUACACCUGCGACUGUUUCGACGGUUACGAAUUUGACCUAAAUAAGAUGGCCUGUAUAGACAUAAACGAGUGUGAGGACAUCAGCGACAAGGUGCCCUUGUGUCAGAACGGGCAGUGCACCAACACAGAGGGAUCCUACAAGUGCACCUGUUUGCCGGGCUUCGUGGCCUCUGCCAAGCCACACGAGUGCAUCCCAGCGAUCCCAGAGUCUGGGCUUGGGGAGACAGGAAACUGAGACAAUGACUGUUGGAGCGCUGGCUUUUCCUGCUCCCUCAAAGAUCACCUUACACCCCUCGGCCCUUUCCCCAAGGGCCUGGCACUAAACCUCCAACAGUACUGCUGAGACGUCCAAACACGUUUCCCUACAUACAGACACAAACAUAGAUACAAAAGCACACACACUUGCGUUCAGCACAGAACACAUUCAGAUCCCCCUUCAUACACAUUCAAGAGGACCAGGAAUUGUGCAGUGAAUGUAUUACAUGGGAUUUAGUAUUCACCAGAUAUCCAUUUGCCUAAAAGGGAUGUUGUGGACUGAUCUUUGUUAUUCAGUAAACCCAGGCAAUUUGAUAUGCAGAUAUAUUUUCCACAUUAUUUUCUCUAUCAUUUUUUUUUUUUUUUUAGUUGUGUUAUUUAUUUCAUUUACAUGACGGGCCUCUGCAAACUAAGAAAGCAACCUAUUUCAGAGGGCAUACUUGAUUCCUCUUGUUUUUAUUUGUCUCACCAAUUGACCUCAGAGACAGCGUGGGGAGAUAAUAAAUAUCUUUUGUAAAAGAAGGAAUGUCACAAGAAAUCAGCCACUCACAAAUCAGCUUGUGUUUGCCCAAUAUUAUCUCAGUCAUUGUAAUUAGCAUUGACCUUGGACUAAAUGGAUGCCAGGGCUGACAAACAUCAGAAAUUCAAAGAGAGAACUUUUCCCACAGCUGCCUUUCUAUUCUUCAAGAUUAACUACGAGCUGAAGUCAAAGAAUCUCUGGACCAAGAACUGGGAAGUCAACACAGCCAAACUUACACAUCAAAAACUUCAGCCUUUACGUGGACCUGGAAAGACUGUAGAUGUAUAUGAUGAUCUAUGUAAUGUUUUCGUAAAAGGUGCAAUAGGUAUAAACUGCCUUCCUCUGUUUGACACCAUUUUAACAAUCUUAAUACCAGCAAUGAAGUAGGAAAACAUGGACUCGGUUGCUGAUCCCAAUUUAUUUCUUCUUUUUUUCAGUAUUAACUUGUUUUAUAGUUCUGUAAAAACCAUAUGUACCAUAACUUAUCAAAGUUUGAUUCUAGAUUCUAGCCUAACUUCUGACACUACAGAAGAUAAGUUAGUUGAAAUUAUCCACAACUAUCACUGCUUAAAGUGAAAGAUAGGUUUUAUGUACCAGUAUCACACAGGCAAAAGGAUUUUACAUUCAACCGCAAUGCAAUUGGAUCCCAGAUGUCACAUCAGACCAUUCCCAUGUGUGCAUCUCUGAAUGCAUGUAAAGACAAAGGCUUUGUUGGAGAGGUUUGGUAUAUUUUGUACAGAUCUAGUACUAUGUAUUAUUUUUGUUACAUAUUCUCUUAAUGCAUUAUAGCACAACCAAUACUUUGUUUGACAUAAAGCAUAAAAUGUAAGAAAAAUCCGGCAUUAUAGCUUUGUAGAUUUAUACAUGUCUGUAAAAAUGUUUUUUAAAGCAUAUCUUUUUAUGUAUGAGGAGAGUGGCUGACACUGUACCAGAGGAACUGUGUGUAUACCCUGCCCUGUGGAGCAGACAAUGAAAUAUAUUUUUUGGAAGUGGCAGCACUGUUCUAAUCACAGACAUUUUGUCUCUUCAAGUUCAUUACAAAGACAAUGCUUUUGAAAUGCAAGCACCAACUUCUGUGCGUCACAACUUUAUGGCUAAAUAUAAGUAAUUGUGAACAUUAUUUCUUUUAGUCUCUGUUGGAUCCUUAUGGCAUGGAUCUUUAAUAGACAGUAUCGGCCUACUCGUUUAGUUUCUGAACUCCCACUCAUACGUUUUUGUCUUUUAUAUUCAGGUUUAAGAAAAUAAUGGCAUUAUUUGUCUAAUGGACUGAACUUCUCUCAAGAAAAAGUCUAAUUCUAACUUUGGAGGAUGACAAAAAAUGACAACUUAUGCCCUUCAUAACCUAUAAACCUACAGUUGUACAGAUGUCUCCACUUGAUGUCCACUGUACUUUACUGUGCUAUUCAAAUCGUCGCCUGAACUGGACCGGAAGUCUAACAUUUAGGUCAAAGUUGGAAUAUUUAAAGCCUUUCAAAACCGCAAAUAACUUGAGAUAAAUGUCUUGUUGUAUAGCUGUGGUCAUUGGAAAUAACAUGCUCAUUCAUUUUGUUUACCUCUUGACUGUAAUCAUUAUCAGUCAUAAAAAUAAAAACAUAAAAAAUGUCAA